AUGAGCGAGUACAGGGCCCAGUACCUGACCUACAAUUGUGACCCCGUCAAGGCCAUUCGACCCGAAUGCACUGUGCACCAGACAGACGAGCCACUGGCCUCAGAAACUACACACAGGUAUCUUGCUGUCAGCAUCAUGACCCUUAUCCUUUUAGAGUUGAUU